GGCAUUUUCACAGUCCCCACACUGGUCUUUGGUGAUUGUGAUUAAACAGGACUUUGAUAUAUAGAGAAUGGUGGAGAAUGUACUGCUAGUGUUAGAAUAUUAUUUAACAAGAGUAUUUAUUCCUUUAGAAAAAUUGGCUUUGGAAUUGUUGGGGAGUUUGAUUGUAUGUUAAAUAUGCUAUUUUCACUUACCCAUGUUUCAUCUAUACCUCCAACAGCUAUUCUAAGCAAACUGCAGUGACUAAACUUGCAACAGCUAUCCUGUUACUCUUCUACCUUACAAAUCACCCUUUUGCCCUCCUCCUUUUCCUGUUUUACAUUCUUAAGGGGGUGUCAAUAACAUUCGAGGUGGCUCUUCCCUGGCUUAGGAAAAGGUACCUUGCAUGGGGUAUAAAGCUGGUCACUCAGCUACAUAGAAAUUUGGCAGUUGAAAAGGAUAGGGUUAUUUCAUUACUUUAACUCCCAAGCUGUCACUACGAGGAAGAGUAAAAUGGUUAGGAAAUUAAGAUUUACUUUUGUGCACUUGUUUGCAAGGUUGUGAUAUGUAAUUAGCACAUCCAGAAUUAGUUUCCACGUUAUUCUGAUGUUUUUGAAAGCCUUUGGAAUUUCUCAAACAUGGUCAGAUCGCUGCCUUUUCACUUUUCAUUUCUUGACAGUAGUAUAGAGCAAAAACGUUUCAGUAUCUUUUCUUUUAAACCAGGGUUGCAGUCAUUGUAGAAAUGAAUGCUGCUGUUUUUACUGCGUAUAUCUUUAUUAUAUUUAAUUUUAAAAGAAAUAUAUAGACAAACACAUUAGCUCGCAUUUAUAUGCAGUUCUUUUCUAAUUUUCUGUUGGAAUACUUAACAAUGAAAAUGAAGAACCAAAUUGUCAUUUUUCAACUGCCUCAGUUUUCAUUUGAGUAUUGUGAACUUGGUUAACUUUAACCUAUGUUUUAAAAGUUUUAUUUAACCAAUUUAACAUAGGUUAAUUUUAUAGGUUAAAUAAAACUUUUUUCUCCAAAAACCUUAAAAUUUAAGACCCCUGGCCCCUUCAGAAUUGGGAGGAGGGACAAUAAUGGAGGCAAGAGGUGGUGCAGGCAGAUGCCUGCAGCUGUUCAUUCAUACAUCUUGUAGCUUAGAGCUCCUCAGAAGAGAAGGGACAGUCCUGAGGCUUUGAAUAACCACGAAAGUGCCUCAGUUGGUAGGGACACUUAACAUUUAAACUGAAAAACAGAGUUAAAGGAUCAAAUAAAGAUGGCAUGGAAAUAAAAACGAUGGAUUUGUAUGGCCCAUUUUUUUUUAUUUUUAUUUUUUGAGACACAGUCUCCGUGUCGUCCAGGUUGGAGUGCAGUGGUGCAAUCACUGCUCACUAUAGUCUUGACUUCCCAAGCUCAGGCGAUCCUCCCACCUCAGCCUCUGGAGUAGCUGGGACUACAGGAGCGUGCCACCAUACCUAGCUAAUUUUUGUGUUUUUUGUAGGGCCAGGGUUUUGCCACGUUGCCCAGGCUGGUAGCUCCUGGGCUCAAGCGAUCCUCUUAGCUCGGCCUCCCAAAGUGCUGGGAUUACAGGUGUGAGCCACUGCGCCUGGCCUGGCCCAUUACUUUUUAUGGUGCUCCUACACUUACCCAGAACUUUAGCACAUCCGUCCCUGGUCUCACAGAAUCUGCCGUCAUUGCCCACCAGUGACUUGCUGCAUUGCACUGCUGGUCCCUGAUCCAGAAUGAUCACCCAAGGCUUCUGGUUCAGGUUCUCACUGGGGCAGAUGGAUUGUGGGGCAUCAAGGUGGGAGAAAGAAAAAGUAGCAGAGAAGCAGGUAAUGGGAAUGGAAGCUGUGUGAGUGCCAAGUUGCUUUACUGGACGUUGGGAGUUAUCUAUUGCAUUUCUGUCUUCUUAAACUACAGUUAUUUUUGAAUUAUAAUUUGGCUAUAAAAAUCGUGGAUGGGCCAGGCACUCAUGCCUGUAAUCCCAGCACUUUGGGAGGCCAAGACAGGCAGAUCACCUGAGUCAGGAGUUUGAGACCAGCCUGGCUAACAUGGUGAAACCCUGUCUCUACUAAAAAUACAAACAUUAGCUGGGCGUGGUGGUGCACACCUGUAAUCCCAGUUACUCGGGAGGCUGAGGCACGAGAAUCCCUUGACCCUGGGAAGUGGAGGUUGCAGUAAGAUUGCUACACUGCACUCUAGCCUGGGCAGUAGAGUGAGACUCUGUCUCAAAAAAAAAAAAAAUCAUGGAUGAAUGUUUUAAACGAGAUGUUCCUGAUUUUCUCAGUUUUCUGUACUUGAAUUUCAAGUGGUGGUUUCUGAACUUGCACAGUUUCAACCAGGCACUCAAUCACAGGCGUAUUCCGAGGGAGGGGUUUAUAGGUCUGUGCUGGGACUUGUUCUGCACUUCUCCACCCUUUCCAGGGAUGGGAAAGUCAAGUAUAUGUCAUAACUUAUCCCUCAGGAACCCCGGAGCCUUACUUCUGACUCUUCUGCGGCCCAUUACAGGAAAGCCUGACUAAUUAGGAACUGGACUGAACGUAGGGUGGGGUGGGUUUCAGUUCUUAGUUACCUGUUCACAGAAGUGGGAAGGAGAAAUCUGUCUACAUUGUUUUCUUUGCUGGAACAACCAUCCAAAGGAAACCUUUUAAAAUCUCUCCCAGAAAAAGAUUUUAUUUAUGAUGGAGAAUACUGAUAUUUGUCAGCAAUUUAUGUUUACAUAAAAAUAAGUUUAAUGAUUAAAAUGAUUGUCUUCUCCUAAUCCAGUCAUUCCCAAUAUUUCUGAAGUUUCAGUACCUUGGGCACAGAUUGACCAACAUUUGUAUCUUUGUUCUUAACGUUCCCUAACAGCAUAUUUUAAACUAAGCUGAGGUAAAGCUAACUUUUCCUUGAAUUUCUGAGAAUUCUUCGACUUCUGAGGUAGUUGGUAUAAUACUUGGGCUCUUACAAAACCAGCAUUGGGAAUCCCUGCUGUGGAUCUGUCAUCUUUGCUGUUUCUUCAAUAUUCUUCUCCCUCACAGAUGACCUUUCACCCCUCCUCAAGGUUUUCUGGUUUCUAUUCUUUCUCACUCUCUGCUUUUUCAUUUCUAGUACUUCAUAGCCAAUAAGCUCAGCAGUUGUUGUUGAUCAUUCCCUUGAGGUGACACAAAACCUGUUUAUUAUCAACAUGUAGUGAUUUUUUUUUCCCAUUAAGAUUGGCUACAAAAUAAAGUGUGAAAUACGCCCGACAUCCUGACAGUAAAGGUUAGCUCAGUUGAUAGUGAUCGUCUGUCGCAUGUUUGACUAGAAAAUUGGAACGUCGGUGUUUGCUGCUUGGUAGGAGUCCAGUGUAAAAACCAAUGAUGACCUUAGGCAAUGGCAGGGUUCCUUAGCGGUUGCUUGGGUCACAAGCCUAGACCUGAAAGUACCCUCUAAACUUUCUCCACUCUCAUUCCUGUAGCAGCUACUGCAGCCAACGAAAUCUGCGCCCCACCCGACUUCCCAUGUGGAGCCGGGUGUGCCAGGUAUACGUCACAAGGCCAUGCUCAGGGAUGGGCAGCAUCACGUGGCCUUCCCUGACCGACCCUUUGGCUCUGUCUGUCCCAGCCCUUCUCUAGAGAGUAGUGUCCCACUUCAGGUCACCAGCUGCUCUAGGGGCAGAGGCUACCCCCUUUCAUGGACGCUAAUAACAAAUAACAAACAUCUCAGAAGGGAACAUAGGAACCGCAUUAUUUGGCUUUUCUGAUGUUGGGCAGAUCAGUGAAAGAUGCUGUUGUGCUUCAGUCACUGACAUUUUUCAUAGAACAUUACCCCAAAAGACACAGAAAUGAUUCCAAAAAAUGUAGAAGUCCUUGCCUAGUAGGUCACUGCAAAGUGCUAAAAUCUGAAGAAAGGAAGAGCAGUUCACAAAUGCUUAUCUCCACAUUGUUCAUUGGGCUACCCUAACCUCCCCUGCUCCCAGAGAAUACCAGAUGGCUUUACAAUCGAGGUGGUUCAAACACAGAUGGCCCUUUUUCCUUUUAUUAAUUGCUCAGCUAUCUGUACACUGGCCCCCACACCCGCCACCUGACCAGCACGGCUUCUGCCUCCCUCAGCACUGCCAGGCAGGGGUUUUCUUACACUCAUCCUCUGGGCCACCUUCCGCUCCUCUCCCUCCCUCUUCAUUAACAUCCAGGCCACCCUCAUUACUCCUUGGCAACCUAGCUUGGGUUGGCCUCCCCAGCCAGCCUUCCAGACUGUUCUUUCUCUCCCUUGCAGCCUGUCUUGCACACCACUGUGGCCAGGUCAGUCUUUCCGAGAAUAGCAUUUCCUCACAUCAUGGCCCUGUUUACAAAGCUGUUUCCCAUUUGCCUAUCACAUCAGAUCACAUCAGAACCCUUCGGCUCUGCAUUGAAGCCGACGCCACUGUUCCUGGCAAGCCUCGUUGCCCUCCAAUCCCGGCGCUGGCCUCCGUCCCUGUCAGGCCUCGUACGACGCUGCUGUCUGCCAUCCUGCCGUCUCCAGCUCUGCCUGCAUGUUGGUCCUGCAUUUAUCUCCACCUCACAGACUCUUACUCCACAGCUCUGGGCAGUCCAAAGCAUACAUGGCCCAGUUAAUUCUCUUUUACUUGAAAUAUUCCCUGAGGAGCCCCCAGGUAUUUUUCCUUACUCACCGGAGACUUGUAGUCAGGGCCACACUGAUGUCAUUUGGGAAUUAUUUGCAAAGUCACAGAUCUGGACUUCUCUAUCCAGCUAAAUCAUGAGUUCCUCAGCUAAAUCACGGGCCCACAGUUCCUGCAGCAGCUGGUAAACACUUUUAGUCACGGAAGGAAGCGUUUUUCGGUUCUCAGCUCUGCCAAGGAACUUAUUUCACGUACACAAAACCACAAACCUUGAGAGGAUUGCUGCCUGUAUCCUGUUCCCCCUCAUCUUUUUUUUCUUUAAAAAGAUGGUAAAGCUGAUUAUAAGAAUUUAAGUAACAUGGCCCUAGAACUACACUCUGACUCUGAGCCCCGUGUCCUGCCCACAGCACCAGGCCACGAAGACAGACCAUGUCGCUAUCCUUACAUUUGCUUGUAACUUAGGAGGCUUGCCAGUAAAAUCGAUGGUAACAGUGGA